GAUUAUAAAACGUAAAUAAAACGUUUGAAGUGACGUCCGAAACUUGAUUUAAAAUGGAUAUUACAGAGACCAGCGAAGAGCCUAACAAAAUCCUCACAACGGACCAAACCAGUGAGCAUCCACAGCGAGAAAUGACGGAGUCCGAACAAACGAGACCAGAACAACCGCCAUCAUUGAAAUCCAUUCUCAAAGCGCCAACCACCCGCAGGGACACCACCCAACCCCGUCGCAUGUCCACCGUGCAAGACCAGACACGCUACAACGCUCUGGCCACGAAAGUCGGCAACUUCGACGAUCUUCUGGCCUUCGUCGACGACGGACUGAUUAACACCUCGCUGGACACGCACAAGCAGAUCAUCCAAGAUCUGGCGCGCCGCGCAGCGGAGGACCCGCCGCGGUACGCCGUGCAGGCGGUGUACAACGAGUUCCUGCCGUGUUUGCAAAAGAUCAAUAAGCAUUAUCAUAGAAUCGCUGUAGGGACGGCGAAAGAGCAUCCGUACCUGCGGGAUUGUGAUGCACGACUGGAAUGGGCGAAGGGAUACGUCGGACAGAUGGCCGAAUUAAUUUAAUUUUGCUUAUCAGUUCUCAACCAGUUUGUUUAUGAACGUAUGGGAGCUAGCCAAACCCACGGACCCGACGGGUUCCGCCGCACCAGCACGUGCACCGGAACGCGGAAACUCUGUUGAGUACAUAUACGAUUUUGCCGUCCUGCUUGAUCCAUCUAUAAACGCUAUAAAUUAACGGUUUCGGCUGAGAUGGGGCACACCGAUAAUCAGACCGUUGUCCGCCACGUGCUCGUACCACAUCAACCCGGCUCCGGUCAAUAUUACGCAUAUCUGACAGUGAACUAGUGAAGUCUAGUUGGUGCAACACGUCUUCAGGUUUUUAACUGCGGAACUUGCAGAUCAAUUUUCGCCGGCCGUCUGUUCUUUUAUCCAGAUUAAGUACAGUAGUUAAAAACACGCUUACAGGCUGUACGUGCGUCCUGCAACGUUUUUACAGGUCUGUGUUCAGAUUAUUACGCACCUUUGAAUAUGC